AUGGCGUUUGCAUUCGACUCGCGACUUGCUCGUCUGGAGCUCUUCCAGGGUUCAGAGUCUGCACCUCGAGGUGAAGCGAAUGUGAACCUGCAACCGAUCGGCAGUGGACGAUGGUCUUCGGCUACCCCUUCAUGGCAACCACUUGAGCAACCGCAAGCUCUCAUACCUCUCCAGCAGCUCCAUCACGAAUUCAACUACCAGGGACCGGCGAACAACCACCGAUACUCCGGCUACCAAGGAAACCUAUCGCUCUCCGGCAAUCAAUCUGCCAACAUUCAAGAGAGCGAGAGCAUGUCGGUCUACAUUACCAACCUGCCCCUUGACUGCGACGCCCACAUGCUGCUUGCGGCAAUUCGGGGCGUCGGGAAGAUCUUCGCAUGUAACGUCGGCCCUCCGGACACGAACCACUCCACCGCCUGCGCGAAAGUCGUUUUCUUCGAGCGAGCAGAAACCGGCCGCCUACUAGAUAAAGUCAGCCGGGGAGAGUUCCGGGUGGGGAACUACUUGCCACAUGUCACCAUGAACCGCACUCGAGUGCAGGCCGAAGGGCCGAGCAACAGAUCCCGCGUGAUCCUCGUCAGCGGCCCGGCGGAAAUCAUCAACCGCCCGUAUCUCGAGGCCCUCUUCCAACGCCAUUGUUACUACAACAUGGACGAGGUUUUAAACGUUAUGGAAGGCGCCGGGGGCCUUCCAGCCUUUCUAGAAUUCCGCUUCUCUUCCUGGCGUGCUCAGGCCUCAAAGGCCUUCGAGGUGUGCGAGAAAGCUCGCCAGGGCAUUGCCAAGUUCACUGCUGGGAUGAGCGAUGAGGAGAAGACGCUGUGGCGUUCGGCCCGUGUCCGCUGGGGCCAGGACCCCUGCGCUGGCGAAGGAUCCUGA